AUGCCGCCCCUACCAUCUACACUCGAUGAGGAAACAACAGACCUGAUAAGCCUGAUAGAGCGCAGACAGAAAGACCUCGCCGACUUCCAGCUCCCUCGGCUGCGCCAAUGCACAGGCCCGCUCAGCUUACAGCAGCAGUACGCUGCGGAGCUUCGCGAUGACCUGGACGCGUUCGCGAAACAAGUUGAGACACUCGAUGUUGCAGUGGAGGACCAGCGCACGGAGCGCGCGCGCCGGGAGUUGAGGCGGGUCGUCGAGGAGUUCAAAGACUCCCUAUCCAGGUUGCGAAAAGAUAUGCGCGCGGCGGUGCUGGCGUCGAAACGCGCAAUUGACUCGCAGCAGGUGUCGCGCCGGGAAGAGCUCCUGCGUUCGUCCGCGGUGCGCGAGAAGCAGACUCUGAACGAGAAGGUGACAGAGGACGCGCUCAUGAAGGCAAACAACGAUGUGACAGAAGCGCUACAACGAACAAUCGGUCUCAUGCAAGGCGAACUCGAACGCUCUGUGCUCUCCACCCAACUACUCGAGUCCUCGACGGCUUCGCUAAAGUCUACCUCCACGACACACGAUGUGCUCUCAUCCCUCAUGUCCACUUCGAAGCACCUCAUCACCGCGCUCGAAAAAUCCGACUGGCUGGACCGUCUGGUCAUCCUUGCCGCGCUCGCGUUCUUCGUACUCGUGGUGCUGUUCAUCCUCAAGCAGCGCAUCGUCGACCGCGGUCUGCGCAUCGCGCUUUGGUGGACGCGCUUCGUUCCCUCAUUUAGCGGCGACGAGGCACUCCUGGCGAUGGAGAAAGGCGAGGCGGCGCUCUCUGCAAGUGCGAGCAGUGUCGCUACGGCGGCGUCUACAGCGCUUGCGAGCGCGUCGACGGUUGUUGCGUCCAUAGCCAGCUCCGCGACCUCGGAUCCCGGCACAAUAGCGAAGAAACCGUCGAGUGUUCCACUAGCAGAGUCGCUAUUGUCGGCAGUCCCAGAAGUGGCCGUAGAGUUGCCUCCAGAGGCGACUGCCCAUGACGAGCUAUAACCUACUGUAUUUCUCCGUAUUUAUGAUCAUAUCUUGACGAUUCUAUGCGCGUUUCUGAUAUGCCGUGGUUGACCCAAAGGAAAAUGCUGAUACAAAAAUUACAGCGGUAUGAUAUCCAUCCCAAGUGCAGCGGUUAUACGCCGUCGUAGCUCGCACCCCCGGCCUUUCGCAACUUGAUGACGAUGGGCUCCUCCUUCAGGUCGUCCUUCUCUCGCGCAGGCACCUCUACCGAGUACACACGCAGCACGGUCUUCACGUCCGCCGCGUGGACGGAGAUCUUGGCCUUGCGCAUGACCUUGCAGUUGGGGCCGAUCCAGACGACGAGAAUGAACUUCUCGCGCUUGGACUCCUUGUCGUUCGCGUACUGCACGCGCACGUACGCGUACGACGCCUUGCUGUCGUCGAGCUGCUCGCGCAGCUCCGCGAGGCCCCCCGAUCCGGUCGACGUGAGCUGCAGCUUGUCCGAGCGGUCAGACUGCGUGCAUGCGUGGGCGUGGCAUUGGCAGGGGCGUGUGCAGCGGUUCCACGGCGAGCAUCGAAUUCACAGCAGAUGUGUGCGUGCGUUGCGUUGGCAGCGUCGGCGUCAGGGAGGGUGCGUGUGAGCGCCGAGAUGGGCGGACGCGCGCGGGGCGCGGGGAUCGGGCGCGCGCACCUCGUAGUCCAGCAGGAGCCAGUUCGUGUCCGUCUUGUCCGCGCGGACGUCCUGGUACGCUUCGUCGAUCUUCGGGUCGGAGAGGUCGGCCAUGACGGGCGAAAGACGUUCAACAGAGGGCCGAGAACGAAGACGAAAUGAGAAGAAAGCAAGCGAGAGAGAGAGAGAAAGAUGGAGACGGAGGUGGUGGUGGU